AUGACCCACAGCUCGCUCGGCUCGCCAUCUUUGCAGAAAAUGGAAGCCAGUCGCCGCGACAUGUACAGUAGUCGCAAACCAAGAUUCAGCUGUGGUCAGAUCAUCGGCGACCCAUUCGCCCUCGCGACUUCUUCAAUAGCAAUUAUCCAUGGCCAAUAUCCUAACUACUCGUGGUGGGCUCUUGUCUACAUGUUCUUCUGCAUCAUUGGAGUUUUGGUCACAGUCGCUUCUGACUCUGUCUUUACCUACCAUGUCGCUGUAAGCAAAACUCUACACCGUAUGCUUGUAGCUUCUCUUGCUUACUCGAUCCUANNGAUUGUCGGCUUCCUGGCCGCUGGCCUCGUCUUCACAACAUCCUCGGUAAACUCCUUGGUCUACUCGUCUGACGGAGCACACGAAGCAGCUGCCGCGGGCUUCAUCCUUCUCUCCAUGGUUGCUGUCCGUCUCAACUCACUCUCGCCUUAUGAAAAGGGAAGUACUGACAUGUUGGUCGCANNGAUUGUCUGGAUUUUCUACUACGGCUCCCAGCCCACUGCGUCUAGUCGCAACGUGAUUGAUUCCUUUGCCCUCCACAGAGACAGUCGCGUGCCAUCGCGCAUCUCUCGCCAGCCUCAACACAACAGCUACCGCCCCGAAACCUCGAUCUCUCAGCAACCACAAAUGUAUACAUCAGCCCAGCUCAGCGGCUUCGAGACAUCCUCACCUGUCACUGGCUUCCCCGGAGGAGCUUUGGGAGCAAUGGACAGCAACCGCGACAGUGGUGCUCGCUAUGGACAGUCAAACACCUUGACCCCUCACGCCGCAACGACAGACCGACCCAACUCCACUGCCGCCGCUCCAGCAGAAUAUCCUUACCGUGCAAAGGCCAUAUACAGCUACGAGGCCAACCCCGACGAUGCCAACGAAAUCAGCUUCUCGAAACACGAAGUCUUGGAGAUUAGCGACGUUAGCGGAAGAUGGUGGCAGGCCAAGAAAGAGAACGGCGACACUGGUAUCGCACCAAGCAACUACCUCAUCUUGUUGUAG